AAGUGAAAGUCUCCAGUGGUGUCACAAGGUUGGAGUGAUGAAGCUAAAAUGAUCAAGGUUUAAGAUGCAAAGAGAAGGAAGAACGUGGCAACGCCUGUAGAGUUUGGCAGGGGACGCGUCUCCUUUACAGGCUUUCAAAAAGACGGAUUUGACAGGUUGCUUUCAUCAGCAGUUGUUAGCCUGCUGCACAGCUUUGACUUUUUCUUCAGACGAGGACAUUUCAUCCAAAAUGGUCUUGGUGAGGCUGUUCGUGCUGUCUAUUAUCCAUUCAUAUGUGGUUGGAGUGCAGCCCGCCCAAAUUUCACAGCAGGCAUCAAGCGCUUCUCAGCCUCCCGGAGAACAAACUCCUUUAGAGACGGGCAAUCUGUCCUUCCCUUGGAGUCGCCUUCGCCUGCCAAGGUAUGUGAUUCCUCUUCACUACCGCAUCGUGGUGCACCCCAACCUCACUAGUCUGCGUUUAACCGGCUCCGUCACGAUCCAAAUUGACGUCCAGAACAACACAAAUUGGGUUGUGUUACACAGCAAGGGCCUGCAGAUCUCCAAGGCAACCAUAUUGGACAAGAACCUCGCUCAUCUGUCUGACCAGGUUCUACCUUGUCUCCAUAACCCUGCCCAUGAGCAGAUCGGCAUCUUUUCUCCCAGGGUGCUCAGCAGUGGACAGAAGUACUUCCUGUAUAUUGAGUUUGGGGUGGAGAUGGCAGAGGGCUUCGAAGGUUUCUAUAAAAGCACUUACGCAACCAGUUCAGGAGAGAUCAGAACCUUAGCUUCCACUCACUUUGAGCCUACGAGUGCACGGAUGGCAUUCCCUUGUUUUGACGAGCCAAGCUUUAAAGCCAACUUCUCAGUGCGGGUCAGACGGAGCUCUGAGUACAUUUCGUUGUCCAACAUGCCGAUAGUCAAGUCAGUUGAAGUGGAUGAUGGCUUGCUGGAGGAUCAGUAUGCUGCAAGUGUAAAGAUGAGCACGUACCUUGUUGCUUUUGUCGUUUGUGAUUUCAAAUCGGUCACUGCAACGACAUCAUCUGGGGUGCAGGUGUCCGUCUACGCUGAUCCUCAGAAAUGGUCUCAGACCCACUAUGCCCUUGAAGUUGCUGUCAAAAUGCUGAACUUCUAUGAGGAAUAUUUCAACAUUAAUUAUCCCCUACCCAAAUAUGAUUUGAUCGCCAUCCCAGACUUUGAGAUGGGUGCAAUGGAAAACUGGGGCCUGACCACUUACAGAGAGAGCAACCUGCUCUUCGACCAUCACUUAUCAUCCGUAUCUGAUAAACUGAGGGUUACCAUGGUGAUUGGGCAUGAACUUGCCCAUCAGUGGUUUGGUAACUUGGUAACGAUGACGUGGUGGAAUGAUACCUGGCUGAAUGAAGGCUUUGCCAGAUACAUGGAGUACAUUUCAGUUGAGGCGACCUACCCUGAGCUCAAAGUGGAAGAAUAUCUGUUGCACACAUGUUUUGCAGCAGUAGGUCACGAUUCUUUGAAUUCUUCUCGGCCAAUAUCCAGCCCAGCGGAGAACCCCACUCACAUCCGUGAGAUGUUUGACACCGUUUCCUAUGACAAAGGAGCAUGCAUCCUGCACAUGCUGCGCCACUUCCUGUCAGAAGACCUGUUCCAGAGUGGAAUCGUUCGAUACCUUCGCAAACAUAGCUACCAAAAUGUACAAAACCAAGAUCUGUGGGACAGUUUGGCCAAUACUUGUUCAGAGGAGGAUUUCAUUUCAGGGCAGUAUUGUUACACCAGAGAACAGGCCCAUAAAAAUUCAUACCUCUUGACUGGGGAACACUUGGACUUGACAGCCGUAAUGAACACUUGGACUCUGCAGACAGGUGUUCCUCUGGUAAUUGUAAAAAGGGCGGGGUCACGUCUGAUGCUCAAACAGGUCCGUUUCCUGAGGACAGAACUUCCCUCUGACCCCCUCUGGUCCACAUUGCAACGAGGUUACUUAUGGCAUAUCCCUCUCACGUACAAGACGGAUACUUCCAGCGCCAUCCAGAGACACCUGAUGACAACUCAUGCAGACAGUGUCCACAUAGGAGAGGAUGUCAAGUGGGUGAAGUUCAAUGUGGACAUGACCGGCUACUAUGUGGUUCAUUAUGAGGACGGCGGAUGGGAGGAGAUAACAAAGCUGCUGAGAGAAAACCACACUGCCCUGAGCUACAAAGACAGGACCCAUUUAAUACACAAUGCAUUUCAACUGGUCACGGCGGGUUACCUUCCGCUCAACAAAGCGUUCGAUUUGAUUGGUUAUCUGCAUCUGGAGACACAUACUGUACCUCUGCUCGAAGGAUUGGGCUACCUGGAAUUCCUUUACCAUAUGAUUGAGAAACGGAGUGAUGUGGAUCUGGUGGAAAGCUUCAGGAGCUACAUCCUACAGUUUUUCCGCGGUGUCAUCGACCAGCAGACGUGGAGCGACGAGGGCUCUGUGUCGACUCGGCGACUGAGGUCAGAGGUUCUCUCUUUGGCGUGCCAUCUGAAUGACACUUCCUCUGUGGAUGAGGCACGCUGGCGUUUCAAAGACUGGCUUCAGUCAAACGGAGCGCUCAAACUUCCCACUGAUGUGGCCGAGACUGUGUAUGCAGUUGGUGCCCGGGAUGAUCGUGGAUGGGCCUCACUCUUGCAGCUGUACAAGAACUCGAGCUCAGCAGCACAGAAAGACAAAAUUUUGGUUGCUUUGACCAACAGCAGAGACACAAAUAAAUUAUACAGACUGUUGGACCUAGGUCUGGAAGGUCAGGUGAUACGACCCCAGGACCUGUCCACGCUCAUCUUCGGGGUGGCCAACAACCCUCGAGGACACCGCAUCGCAUGGAAUUUUGUCAAGAAAAACUGGGGCACGCUGGUUCAAAAAUUUCAGUUGAGCUCACCGACUAUUCGAUACAUCCUCAUUGGCACUACAAGUCAUUUUUCAUAUCCAGAGGAAUACUCUGAGGUGAAGUCGUUCUUUGAGUCAAUCGGAGAACAUGCAUCUCAGGUCAAAAGUCCUCAACUUGCACUGGACAACUUGCAGAAAAAUGUUCGCUGGAUGCAGAGAAACUUGGAGACGUUAAAAAACUGUCUGACUGAGAAAAAGAACUUGUGACAAAAGAACGACUCGUGAUAGUAGUCAUUUUUAAAUUACAUUUCUUUAUAUGAGAAUGGCAGUUUGUGGUGUGUCUAAAAAUGUGUGUGCUUUUCUGAAGGAAACAUGAAUUUAUUAUUGUUAUUUUUUUUAGUCAACUUUUAUUUAACCAGGUUGGUCUCAUUGAGAUUAAAAACCUAUUUUUCAAGGGAGACCCGGCCAAGACAGGCAGCAGCAAAAAUACAAAGAAGUUACGGACAUACAAGGAAAGACCAAAUACAAUUUAAACCAACAUUUUGGAUUUAACGAUCUAUGAGUCAUACCUACGAAUCAAUUGUUCAAGCAGCUGAGCUAAAACAUUCUGUAGAAAUGGCUUCCAUUUCUUUCAUUAUAGAUUUGGUGAGUGUGUGAGUGGGUUAAUGCAACAAACAAUGCAAUAACCAUUGCCAAAUUAUGUUGCACAAAUAACAUUCGUCCAUUAAAAAAAAAAGACAAUAAAACAAUUAAUUUUA